UCUUAGGGGUCACAAACACGCGGCUGCUCCUCGCCAUCUCUACGGCCAGCGGCGGCGGCAAUCGCGCGCGGGGCGACCAAGAAACAUGUCGAAGCGCGUCGCGUCCCUUGCCGGCGCGGCCCUCCGGGUGGACGCCCUGCGGGAGGAGGGGAGAGCCGAGCUCGUGGACCUGCUCGAGUCCCUGCCGGGGAGCAAGUGCCUCGUGCUGGAGAGCCACAUCGGCGGUCUGUUAAACCACGUCAUCCCAGAAGGUUCCAAGCUGCUACGCGAGAAAGGGGUGACAUACUUCCGCGAGCUGCGAGGGGAGCUGGGUGCCUUCGAGGACAGAAACGGGGUUAAGGCCGAGCCCGAUCACAUCGUAUACUUGGUACGGGCGUCGAUUCCGAACGUGAAGAUCAUCGCGGACCAAAUCAACUCCAGGAUCAAGGCUGGAGCAGCCUUCGACUUCCGGUAUAAGGUUUACUUCGUGCCGCAUCGCACGCUCAUCUGUGAGCAGGUCUUGCAAGAGGAACGGGUGCUCCGCAGAGUGGACGUGGGAGACUACCCCCUGGACCUCGUUCCGCUCGAGAAGGAUGUUCUCAGCCUCGAGCUCGACGGCCUCUUCCGGAGAGUGCACCUGGAUGGAGACACAUCGGGGCUAUCGGUGGUCGCUCGCUCCGUGCAGAAGCUGCAGACGGUCUUCGGCACAAUACCCAACGUUAAGGCAAAGGGAACGGCGGCGGUCGCUUGCCUGCACCGAGCGAUGCGCAUGCGGAGGGAGGAGGCGGGAGCGGAAAGGGCGGGGGAAGGGGGCGAGUUCGGGGCGGGAGGGAUAUCCAGUGCCCCCGGUAUCGACACGCUCAUCCUUCUCGAUCGGGGGGUUGAUCUCGUCACCGCGAUGGCGACGCCUUUGACUUACGAGGGCUUGAUCGACGACCUCAUCGGCAUUGAGAACGGGAGCGUCCGACUAGACGCGGAUCUGGUAGAGGCGGGGGACGGCAACGGGGCGGCUGCAGCAAGCGGUGGUGCUUCCGGGAAGGGGAGAGGGGCGGCGGCAGCGGCGGCAGCGGCGACAACCCUCGGGCCUGACGGGAAAAAAAAACAGGUGCCUGUUCCAUUGAACUCGGACGACCCGCUCUUCUGCAAGGUGCGAGACGUCCACGUCGAGCAGCUCAUGCCCUUCCUACAGGACAAGGCAAAAAACAUCCGGGAGAGCUACAACCAGUUCCGCGCUAACCGGGACCAGAGCAUCACCGAGAUUCACGAAUUCGUCAAGAAGAUCCCCGGCCUGAAAGAAGACUACAAGUCCCUCAACCUGCACAUCAACAUCGCCGAGCUCAUCAUGGAGGGCUCGGGAGCCCCUGACUUCCGGAAGCGGUGGCAGACGGAGAGGGCCGUGCUCGAAGGCGAGGAUUGCUCUGAGGUUAUCGAAGAAAUGAUCAGCAUGCAGGAGCCGGCGAUGCGCGUGAUACGGCUCAUGUGCCUCCAGAGCAUGACCGAUGCCGGCAUCAAGGCCAGCAAGUACGACUUUCUCAAGAGAGAGGUGGUGCAGACGUACGGUUACCCGUACCUCUUCACCUUGAACAACCUGGAGGCAGUGGGUUUGUUAAAGAAGCGGGAAAAGGUAUGGGGGGUAGGGGCCGUAGAUACGGGAUCCCCGUGGCCCCCUCUCCGAAGAUCCCUGAGGCUGGUCAACGAUGCGGUGGACGUCCGCUCUCCCGACGACAUCGCCUACGUCUCGUCCGGGUACGCGCCGCUAUCCGUGCGGCUCGUGCAGGCCUCUGUGCGGCCAGGGUGGACGACGGCGGGGGAGGCUCUGAAGCUGCUUCCGGGGCCUUGCGUGGAGGUGACGCAAGAUCCCGACGGUCCCCCCAUUGACCUUCCUACCGCGGUGCGAAAACAGGCCGGUCAGAGAGGAAAGUCGGCACCGCUAGACGAGGGGUCGAUGACGGUAGGAGGGGGGGUCGGCGGUAGAAGCGGUGGUGGUGGCAUUGGGGGGGGCUCGCCAAAGAGAAAGGUGAUGCUCGUUUACUUCAUCGGCGGGGUGACCUACAUGGAGAUCGCGGCCUUGCGCUUCCUCAACGCGCAGCGAGAAUUCCCGUUCGAGAUCGUUACCGCCACCACGAAGGUCACCAACGGAGAAGAGUUUUUGGAGACCUUGCUGCCAAACUUCGACAACCGGUUGCAACGAUAGACUAAGGCGGCGGCGCUGUGUUCUUCUUCGUACUGCUGUACGGCGGCCGGCGGAGACAACACGGGGUGGCGGGGAAGACUUUAUGGGCAGAAAGAGGGCGGCAAGGCUCUGUUUUCGUCGAUGCAGCCGUCCUUGCUAAGCCCUUGUUCGGUGUUCAUAUAGGUUGUGUUUUGAGUUCUCUGGCACUACGGCAGCAGAGGGCAAAAGUUGCCGUCGCGUCGCAUCCGAGCCGUUCUUCGUUCCGUUCCAGCUCAUCAGUAGUAGGUACUUCUUUCGAACUUUUUGUUCUUGCUUGUA